AUGGCUGAGCCAGCUUCCCAGAUUAAAGUCAAUCAAGAACGGGCAACAAAUAAUGGUUUUGCCAGUGACAUCUAUGGAAGAAAAUGUGGGGAACAGGGAGAUUUCUUGAGAACCUCUGUGAAUGGAUCCAUGUAUUUCUCUGCUAUUGGCAGCACCUUUAUCCAUGAGAAUCUUGCAUUUUUCGGUUGUGGAUCUGGCGCUGUUGCAAGUGCAAGCAUGUCGCCUUACGCUAUCUGGCAGUUCAGGGAGAUGAUUAUGUGUGUGAUUCCCAGCAGCUCUCCCAUUUUGGAUUACAAUGGAUACGGAUGUAACUGUGGAUUUGGUGGUUCUGAGUCUGAAAAAUAUGUUGAUGAAUUAGACAAGUGUUGCUUGAAUCAUGAUAAAUGCUACAGGCGGGCAAGGGAUCAGCACUGCAGAGAUUAUAUAGAUAGCCCAUACAUUGAAAUUUAUUCUUAUUCUUGCUCUGGGGAAGAAAUCACCUGCAGCAGCAAGAAUAAUCCCUGUGAGAGCGAUCUUUGUGAUUGUGAUCGUACAGCAGCUAUCUGCUUUUCUAACUCUGAAUACAUCUCUGACAACAAAAAUGUGGACAGGAACCUACUCUGCUGA